GCCACCUGACCCGACCCGACCGAGGCGGCCGGUGUUGAAGUAUAUUUAUCCGCAUCUAUCCUGGUGUUUCCCUAGAACGACCCCGGCAACUCAUCACUCUUCUUUCUCCUCUCAAUUUUCAGGGUUUUAAGAUACAGAGAUGGGGGUUUUACCGAAACAGAUUUCGUACUUCUUGGAAUAAAUUUGAGGAAAUAGUGUUUUGAGUGAAGGGGUUUGUGUUUUAUUUGGAAGUAGAUUAAGAUGUUAGGCUCCGGGCCGAUACUGCCGCUUCCGGCCCCACCCACGGAUGGGAAUCUUGGUCCUCUCCCGCCAUCUCAAUUGCAAGAUAGGGAGAUUCAAGAUAUCGAGGAUGAAGCAAGCAAGUCCAGUGCGGCUCCUGUAUCGGUUGCAACUCACACCAAAACUAUUGGAAUUAUUCAUCCACCACCGGACAUUCGAACCAUUGUUGAGAAAACAGCUACUUUUGUGGCAAAGAAUGGGCAAGAAUUUGAACUUAGAAUUAUGAAUAAUAAUGCCAACAACCCGAAAUUUAAUUUCUUAAAAUCUUCGGACCCGUACCAUGCCUAUUAUCAGCACCGUUUAUCUGAAUUUCGUAGUCAGACAUCUACAACGCAGCAGCCUACUCAAGGUUCAGAUGCAUCUGGUCUGGAAUCGACAGCUCCUGCUGGCGAAGACAGUAAUGCGGAGGCAAAGCCAGAUCCCUCGGAACAGUUUAGGACUGUUCGGAAACCCCUUGAACCUCCAGCAGCAGAGCAGUACACUGUCCGUCUUCCCGAAGGCAUUACAGGGGAGGAGUUAGAUAUAAUUAAGCUCACAGCACAGUUUGUAGCUCGCAAUGGGAAAUCAUUUUUGUUGGGACUCACGAGUAGGGAGGGGAAUAACCCCCAGUUCCACUUCAUGAGGCCCACGCAUAGCAUGUUCAUGUUUUUUACUUCGCUGGCGGAUGCAUAUUCUAAAGUGUUGAUGCCUCCCAAGGAUUUGACUGAUAAACUACAGAGUAGUGUUGACAGCAUGACGACCAUACUUGAACGUUGCCUUCACAGGUUGGAGUGGGAACGUUCUCAAGAGCAGGCAAGGCAAAAAGCUGAGGAUGAGGUAGAGCAAGAAAGGAUACAGAUGGCUAUGAUUGAUUGGCAUGAUUUUGUUGUUGUUGAGAUGAUAGACUUUGCUGAUGACGAGGAUGAUGAUUUACCACCUCCAAUGACUCUUGAGGAAGUUAUAAGGAGAAGCAAGAUGUCAACUUUGGAAGACGAAGAAAUUAUUGAGCCUGGAAAGGAAGUAGAAAUGGAGAUGGAUGAAGAAGAGGUGCAACUUGUUGAAGAAGGCAUGAGGGUUGCCAGUAUUGAAGAAAAUGGUGGUGAUAAGCCAAGUGAAGCCAGAAUAACCCCAAUGGAAGAGGAUCAACCAAUGAGAAUUGUGAAGAACUGGAAGAGGCCUGAGGAGAGAAAUCCUGCUGAGAGAGACCCAACUAAAUAUGUCGUCUCCCCGAUCACUGGAGAGUUAAUUCUUAUAAAUGAGAUGUCUGAACAUAUGAGGAUAUCUCUCAUUGAUCCCAAGUACAAGGAGCAGAAGGAGAGAAUGUUUGCCAAGAUUAGGGAUACCACUCUUGCUCAGGAUGAUGAAAUAUCGAAAAACAUUAUGGGACUUGCACGGACCCGUCCUGAUAUAUUUGGUACAACCGAGGAGGAGGUAUCCAAUGCAGUCAAGGCAGAGAUCGAAAAGAAGAAAGAUGAGCAACCAAAGCAGGUCAUAUGGGAUGGUCAUACUGGGAGUAUUGGGCGAACUGCAACUCAGGCCAUGUCUCAAAAUGCUAAUGGAGAGGAUAUAAACGAUGCGGCAAGCAAUCUUCCUGGCCCUGCUGCUCCUCCUAGACCUGGUAUGCCGUCCAUUCGGCCACUUCCUCCACCUGCUAAUCUUGCUGUUAACAUUCCCCGACCCCCAAAUCCAGGUCAAUAUCCAGCUCCUCCAAAUAGUGGGGUUCUUGCUCCACCUCCACCACGGCCACCACUUCAAGUGCGGGCUCCACCACCCCCAAUGCAAAUGAACUACGGACAGCAACCUUUCAUGCUUAAUCGACCUCCUGGGCCUCCAUCGAUUUCUGUAAACCCACCAAGUAUUCCUGUGCCACCACCACCAGGAUCUCAGUAUACACCAUUAGCAGCUCCUCGACCUUAUGCACCCCAUGUCAUGCCACCACAUGGAAUGCAUUUGGUUCAGCCACCUAUGCCUCUAGGGAUGCCCCCACCACCUCCACCUGAGGAAGCUCCUCCUCCACUUCCAGAGGAGCCUGAGCCAAAGAGGCAAAGGCAUGAUGAUUCUUUGCUUAUUCCGGAAGAUCAGUUCCUGGCUCAGCAUCAGGGACCAGCGCACAUCAAUGUGUCUGUGCCAAAUAUUGAUGAAGGAAACCUGAAAGGGCAGGUGCUGGAGAUUAAAGUACAAUCGCUGUCUGAAACAGUUAGCAGCUUGAAAGAGAAAAUUGCUGGAGAGAUUCAGCUUCCUUCUAAUAAACAGAAACUGAGCGGAAAGGCUGGCUUUCUCAAGGAUAAUCUUUCCCUUGCAUAUUACAAUGUCGCAGGAGGAGAGACACUUUCUCUUUCAUUGAGAGAACGUGGUGGUAGAAAAAGAUAAGAUGUGUCAUCAGGGGAUCUCUUGAAUUUUGAUUGAAAAUUUCAUUAGCGUUAGUUAUCUCGAGAGCUUGGCAACUGUUAAAUCAGCUUUACAUUCGCUCAUUCAUAUUAGUCACAAAUCUGAAACUAACAUUUUGUUAUGUACAACUCACUUGGAAAUUGGAUGGUUGCUUUUUUGUGUG